GUCAAUGUAAAAUUUCCAAAUUCCAAUUACAAUAUUCCACUUGGCUGUAUCAUUUUUUAAAUUAAAAAUAAUAAUUAGCUUAGAAAUAGUAACGUGUCAAUUAUAACUAAAAGUUAACAUAUCGAUGCGUAAAAUGGUAAAACAUAGAAAGCUUAGCUCGCUAAGUAAACAUAGUAGCACUAUAGAAACAAGUGGAUCCAGUAAUUCAGAAAGUCAGCCGCGAACCCGAUCAUAUAAUUAUGUAUCCGUAUGGAAAACAACGUUAGGUGUAAUAUGUUUAUCAGUAGCCGUGUACAUUGGUACCCUGGGGUACUUGGAAACUCGAGUUAACACUCCCUUUGACGGUGAAAAGGCAGUAAAAGAAUCGGGAUUAGAUGUUCCUGAUCGUUUUUGGGGAAGUUAUAGACCGGGAGUGUAUUUUGGUCUGAAGAGCCGUGAACCAAAAUCACCUGUAUUUGGUUUGAUGUGGUAUGAGUUGGCUACUGCUGUACAUAAGGGUAUAAGACACUGGUGUGAACAAAAUGAUAACUUACCAAGUUAUGGCUGGAUAAGACAUGACGGCUUCACCUUUGGGGAGCAAGUAAUUUCUGAUCCACCUCAUAAUAUAGUGACUAGCUUUGUAAAAACACCAGGCGGAGAGCAUGGCGGGCAUUGGACUGCCAGAAUUAAUAUUACAUCUGUGAAUAAAUCCAACGAUGCGUAUGUGUUAAUAUGGUAUGGGGCAUUGGACGAGUCACAAGGAUUAGGCCCGCAGUCACGAAUAUGGGGCGAAAAGGGUGCCAUCGUCGGCUAUACACCAUCAUUCGGCAAUUUUAGAGUCCACUUAAUACCACAUCAAGGAAAACUCCUCCACACAUCAUUUACUGAUGCCUAUUCACCAGGGCUGCAUCUCUUAAAGGAGAAAUAUUAUUCCCUAUUGAAGGUGGAGAAACAUCCAUUUGGCCGUUUAGCUGUUCUAGGGCCUGAUGAUGAGCUUAAUUCUAAGAAUAAAGAUGUGAACUUCGUGCCAGUACAAAUGCUGGUUGAAACACCAUUUGUGGUGGACGUUGUGUAUACCACAGAGGAUCUAUCAGGACCACCUCUGAAAGGAGAGGAGUACACCAAGGUGUUGGAACAGAAGAAGAUGUCUUUUGAUGCACGAUUCGAAGAAGAGUUUCAAUUGAAAGACAAAGGUUAUUCCGAUGAAGAUAUAGCAAUUGCAAAGGCCGCCAUGUCUAACAUGAUUGGUGGUAUUGGUUAUUUCGAUGGUACUAGCAGAGUUCAGUCACAAUACACACGCGAACCAGUGCCUUAUUGGAAGGCGGCCUUGUAUACCGGAGUACCGAGUAGGUCAUUCUUCCCUCGAGGUUUCCUUUGGGAUGAAGGUUUCCACGGUCUACUUGUAGGUCGCUGGUCUCCGGAUAUUCAGAUGGACAUUGCUGCUCAUUGGUUGGAUCUUAUCAAUGUCGAGGGCUGGAUUCCUCGGGAGCAGAUAUUGGGAGCGGAAUCAUUGGCCCGAGUGCCUAAAGAGUUCGUAGUGCAAAGUAACGCAGCGGCCAACCCGCCCAUGUUACUGAUACAGAUCGCAAACAUGGUCCAACGUCGGCCAAAUCUCUUCCAAAAUGAUUCCAAGCAUCGGCGAAUGUUGGAAAGAAUGUUUCCGAGACUGCAGACGUGGUACAACUGGUUCCUAAAUAGUCAAAAAGGCAUCGAACCCACGUCCUACAGAUGGAGGGGAAGGGAGGAUGACGGGAUUCAGCUGAACCCCAAAACAUUGUCUUCAGGUCUUGAUGACUAUCCAAGAGCCUCCCAUCCCUCGGAAAUCGAGAGGCACGUCGAUCUACGUUGUUGGAUAUUUGCCGCAGCUGACGCCAUGACAGUUAUCGCUUUUGCUCUCCAAAGGGAUACUUCUAAAUUUGAAGCGAUUCGUGAACAACUCGGCGAUGAGAAAUUAUUAAAUAAGUUGCAUUGGGCGUCUCAUUCGAAUUCAUACGCCGAUUAUGGUUUGCAUACAGACGGUGUGAAGUUAGUUCGUCAGGCGUCUAAAACUCCUGGGGAAGGGUUGAAGGUGGUUCGCUCCGUCACAAGUCCACCUCAGCCAAGGCUGGUUGCAUCGGCUUUUGGUUAUAUAUCACUGUUCCCAAUGCUACUGAAAGUGCUGAGUCCAAAAAGCGAUAAUUUGGGGAAAAUCCUUGCAGUUUUGGACAAGCCAAGUUUAUUGUGGUCACCUUAUGGCCUAAGGUCUCUAUCAAAAUCCGCUCCAUUGUACAUGAAACGUAACACAGAACACGAUCCCCCAUACUGGAGAGGUCAAGUUUGGGUCAAUAUUAAUUAUUUGGCCUUGUCCGCCCUGAAGCAUUAUGCAAGCGUGGAAGGGCCACACGCCAGUAGAGCGAGAGAGCUUCAUACGAAACUGAAGGCGAAUGUCGUUGGUAACAUAAUAUCGCAAUACAAAAAGACGGGAUACUUCUGGGAGCAGUAUUCGGACCAAGAUGGCCGCGGUUCCGGAUGCAAACCCUUCACCGGAUGGACGGCACUCUUCGUUUUAAUGAUGGCUGAUGAUUAUUAAUGUCCAGACCUGGGCAAAGGUGAAUUUUACUUCAACUGAGAGCUGCUCAUAGAAUAUUUGCUUUGUAUAGUGUAUUUAACAUAUUGAAUGCGUAAACAAUGGAUACAAAGUAAUAGACGAAAACCAAAAAUUUUGAUAAAGUAAAUAUGAAUGUUUGAAAAUGUGUAUGAAUGUAUAUUAUUAUUUUUAUUAAAAAACAUUCUUCGGAUCCUCGGAUCCGAGAACUACGAAUGAUUUAAAAAAAUAAACGAGAGUUUCGCACGGAUCCGAGUGGGCGGCACCGCUACUAUGACCCCGCUCCACUCGGAUCCGAGAUAAGAGCACUUAAUGUGUUAAAACAAAAGUGGCUCUAACUUUUUUGGUUAGCUGAGCCUCAGAUCUCUGAAUCUGUUUCAUGAUUUGUCAAUCCAAUAGGCAAGUAGGUGAUCGGCCACCUGUGCCUGACACAGGCGUGAAAUUUCUGGGUUCCUGCAAGCGGGUUACCUCACGAUGUUUUCUAGGUUUAUAGAAAUGUAAAAAUACAGAAAAUUCCGAUAAAAUUUGCGAAGUAGCGAGCUGUGAAGGUCUAUAGAGAUAAGAACCAAUUCUUUAAGAGAUCUCCCCAAAGGCCGUAAACGCACCCGCUAAUAUGUGUUCAUAAUUAGUUUAUGGCCAUCUUUCCGAAUUCUGCACAACACAAUAAACACUACUUAUCCAAAAUGAUCAAUUUGAAAAAUUGUUUAGAGACUUUCUGAUACCUAAUCC